GUUUGUUUAUUUUUGCUGGUUUUUCUUUCAUUUUUUUAAAAUGCCUUAUACUUUUGCAGAUGAUUUUAAGGUGAAGUGAUUUUUGGAUGUGAUCAUUUUUCACGUAGAUGAUGCAGAUUAAGGUGUCUAUGAAGGGAAUAAUUGUUUCUUUGGGGAAAAUAUCAAUCAGUGCGUCUUUGCUUUCACCGAAGAUGAACAGACUCUCCUUUGCAGGAGAAGAAUGACUGGGAAGUGUCAGACCAGCAAUGUCACUAACAAGAACGACCCGCGCUCCCUCAACUCACGGGUCUUUAUCGGCAACCUCAACACCGCCAUCGUGAAGAAGGCCGACAUCGAGGUCAUCUUUGCCAAGUACGGCAAGAUCGUGGGCUGUUCGGUGCAUAAAGGUUUCGCUUUCGUCCAGUACAUGAGUGAAAGGAACGCACGGGCGGCCGUGGCAGGCGAGAACACCAGGAUUAUCGCAGGACAGCCGCUGGAUAUUAACAUGGCCGGAGAGCCGAAGCCCUACAGGCCUAAAGCAGGAUCCAAACGACCCCUGACUGCUGUCUAUAGUGGUUAUGAAUUUGAUUAUGAUUACUACAGGGAUGAUUUCUACAAUAGGCUCUUUGACUAUCACGGACGGGUGGCUCCUCCUCCGAGGCCAGUGAUUCCUCUGAAGCGUUCACGAGUGGUGCUUCCAUCCACUCGACGCGGGAAGAGUUCAUUCCCUAUUAAAACCUCAUCCUCUUCUUCCUCAAGACCCCCAUCAUCAUCAUCGUCCUUCUCCUUUGGGCUGAAAUGUAAGCCAUGUGUCAUGCCUUUAGAGCCUCACAGGAAAUAUGAGGACAACUGCGACUCUUUGCACGAGGGGUCGAUAUCAGAGACGGCAGACAACUCCGGAGAGGAGGGAGGGGAAGGACAGCUGGACGCGGAGGCGGGAGAAAUGACGGAUGGUGGCGAGGAUGACUACGACGAGGAAGGCAGCACUGAUCUGAUGGAGAAUCAUGCGUCUGAUAUUGACAACUGAAGAGUUCUGCAUCCAGAGAUGAAAUCAACUCUGCACUGAACAGAAGACAUGAAACUCUGUGAAGACAGACGUCUCUUCUUAAAGAGGGCAUGAAGGCUCACGAUUGGCUGAUCAGACGUAGAGCAAAUAUUUUGACAAGUUUAGCAUCUGCUAGUCACUUUCACUGUUUUUCAUUUAAUAGCGUCUGGCACAUUCAAUCAUAUAUGAUUUGCAUAUCUCCUGUAAAAGGCAAGUAAGUUCACAUUUAAUUUUGAAAUUCAUCAUGCAAACACUAAAGUUCGUUUUUUUCCCCAUAAGGAUAAUUUUCCUUAAGCAAAGAUGAAAGGUUUUUACAGUCUGUGUGGAAAAUGAGCCUUAAAUGUCAGAAAAAUGUAACAUGGCAUUUUUGAAACCUUCAGUAUUAACAGAGAAUUUAUCGAAAUAAUUCUAGAAUUUUAAAGAUUUUAAAAUAUGAGGUCUGACAAUGAACAUGUUUCAUUAGAAGCCAAACCUUGUUUGUGUUCUGUUUGUUUUUGAGUUCUUGCGUCUGGAUUCCCUAUUUUCUCAAAGUAUGUUUUCUGUGUAAAAUCUGAUUGUGAUUAAAAUGCAUAUCAUGUUUUGAUUCCCAGACUAAAUCAAUUAAAAUAACUAGUUAAGUACUUGGUUUAAUGAAAGAAUUUCAGCUCCGUACUGCCACAUCAGUUUCAUCAGACUCCUUAUACUU